CUGAAAGCGGACUCGAAACUGGGAACGCUGACUGACAACCUGACAGGCCCCCAGCUGCCCGGCUCUUCAAGGAAACAAAUCUCGUUUAGCUAACAAUGGCAUCCACACUGAAUCUGAAAGAAGCCGCUGGCAACCAAAGUUCAUGGGAAACUUUGCUACCAGAUCUCCCUAAAGGACCGCUUUGCAAAUAUCGUAAGAAAGCUUCCUUUAACUGGAAGGAGAUGGCAAUGUUACUAGAUGGCAAAGAUAUCAUCCAGCUUAAGAACAGAAUCUUCUCUGCUUUGGAAAGUGAUCCUCUCUUUGCACAUGAUCCUGGAGAAGAUUUGUGCCGUGAGAAAUAUCAGGAGCUGACAUUCCUGCGCUGUAAAAGGCUCUUUGAGUAUGACUUUCUUACUCAGCAAGAGAUCUUCGAGAACCCAUUAAAGAUGUUCAAUAUGGUCAUCUGUAUAGGAAUGUACGAUUGGUCUCCAUGUCUCCAGUAUUUCUUACAUUGCAAUCUAUUUGGAGGUACAAUUUUGAGUGCUUCUAAGAGGUUUGCAGACCUUGUGAAACAGGUUUAUAGCAUGGAGAUUUUUGGAUGUUUUGCUCUGACUGAACUCAGCCAUGGAACUAAUACCAAAGGCAUACGGACUACUGCCACAUUUGAUCGUAACACUCAGGAAUUUAUCAUCAAUACUCCUGACUUUGAAGCUGCAAAGUUCUGGGUUGGUAAUAUGGGGAAACAUGCCACUCAUGCAGUUGUGUUUGCCCAGCUCUAUACUCCUGAUGGACAGUGCCAAGGAUUACAUUCCUUUAUUGUACAGAUUCGAGAUACGAAAACUCUCCUACCAAUGCCAGGUGUGAUGGUAGGUGACAUAGGAAAGAAACUUGGGCAGAAUGGGUUGGAUAAUGGAUUUGCCAUGUUCCACAAUGUCAGGAUACCUAAAGAAAACAUACUGAAUAUAGCUGGAGAUGUCACAGCUGAGGGGAAGUAUUCAAGUUCAGUCAAGGAUGUUAAAGAGCGUUUUAGUGCAGCUCUGGGAUCCUUGUCCACUGGUAGAAUUCUGAUCACGGCAAUUUCCACGACCAAUUUAAAGCUUGCUUUAUCAAUAGCCAUUCGCUUCUCAGCAGCUCGCCGUCAGUUUGGACCAACUGAUGAUGAAGAAAUACCUGUUCUUGAAUACCAAACACAGCAAUGGCGUCUUCUUCCUUAUCUGGCUGCCGCAUAUGCCUUAGAUUAUUUCUCCAAAUCCCUGUUUGAGAACUUCGUAGAAUUUUAUGUAGGCUUAUUGACAAAGCAAAGGAGUCAGAGACAGGCUGAUUUGGGACGUGAGAUUCAUGCCUUAUCUGCUGCCAGCAAACCACUGGCUUCUUGGACUGCUCAGCAGGCAGCCCAGGAGUGCCGAGAAGCUUGUGGAGGACAUGGUUACCUUGCCAUGAAUCGUCUGGGUGAAAUCCGAAAUGACAAUGAUCCAAACUGCACGUACGAGGGAGAUAACAACGUCCUGCUUCAGCAAACCAGCAACUACUUAAUGAGCUGGAUGAAUUGCGUAAGACAUAAAGCUCCUUUUGAAUCCCCUUUUGGAACAGUAAACAUUUUGCAAGACUACCAUCAUAUUCUUGGCUGGAAAUUCACAGCCAUUAGUGUUGAAGAUUGCAUGGACUCCUCAGUUCCUUUAGCAGCAUAUAAAUGGCUGGUUUGCUACUUGCUCCAAGAAAGUGACCUAAAGCUGAGCAAGGAGAAGCAGUCUGGGCGAAGUGAUUUUGAGGCAAAAAACAACUGUCAGGUGUACUACUGUCGAUCACUAGCCAUUGCUUUUAUUGAACAAACAGUUUUACAAAGAUUUCAUGACUACACUCAUGAUCCCAACAUACCAUCUACUCUGCAGCCAGUGCUUAAGAAUCUCAGUGCUCUGUAUGGACUCUGGUCUUUAAGUAAACAUCUGGCUGUGCUCUACCAAGGUGGCUAUGCUUCAGGUGAACAAGCUGGCAGAUUUAUUCAGAAUGCUAUUCUGGAGCUCUGCUACAAGUUGAAAGAUGAUGCAGUUGCCCUGGUUGAUGUCUUUGCUCCUCCUGACUUCAUUCUCAACUCUCCCAUUGGUAAAGCUAGUGGAGAGUUAUAUAAAAAUAUGUGGGCAGAGAUCCUUCAAGGCAGCAAAGCUCUGAACAGACCUUCGUGGUGGGCAGAAUUUUGUAUUAAUAAACCUGUUACAGGCAGGCUGAGGUCAAGAUUGUAAACCAAACAACUUGUAAGAGGCUGGAUGGGCCUGAGAUGGAUACCGUAUUUCAAACAUCAGGAGGAAAUAAGACCACAUGUCAAACACUGAAAAUGAAAGAGAUUUUUGUAGAGAAGUGCCAAGUUUUAAAACAACUUUGAAAUCAAGUCCAACUUGGUCUCAGGGACUGUUAAAAUAAUAAUGACAAGAGCAAGAGCAACACAUCUGCACACUAUUCAUAUUUACUCAAUUAAAUACAAAAAAAUGAAGAUUCAUUAUGAUCACUGCUUUGCAAAGUUUCUAGAAAAGAAAUGUUCCAAUCAGUCUCUUGACUUUACUGUCAUAUUACGGAAGUUAAAUAAUUAAAAACUAUUUCCCACCAGGGAUUAUGAAUAAGCUGAACAAAAGCAAAAUAAAAGAGAAUUUGAAGAAAAAAGAAAAAAGACAUCAAGAACACCAACAGUGAUAAACUUGUAUUUAGGGAUGGGAAUCAUUUCCAACAGCCCCUUUGAAGUCUGUGAAGCUAUUCUGAUUUACUUCAUAUGCCUCUGUCUUAAACUACUUGAUUGCUCUUUCAAUGCAGGCGAGGAUUGGGAUUUUAGAUAAUCUGUCUUUAAAUGGUGUGUAACUCUGUACGUAAAAUUAAUUGAAAACGACUUGUUUAUACAUCUUUUUUAAAAAAAUGUAUGGUAAUGCAAACUUGUACAGCUUACAUACGUUCUUGGUUGGUUAUAAUGUUUUCAGUACUGCAAAACCAGUAUCAAGCCUGGGAUACAUUAACACACAUACAAACUGCAUCUGUGUUUUAGGUCAGAAUAUACUCAAAUGAAUUAUUAUAAAUAUGGUCUUAUAAGAACAUACAACAGUGGUAGGCAUUAUUGAACAUAUUAGGAUAUUUCUCUUUCAGCUAUAUUAACUAUCAAAUAUUUUUAUUCACAAAUGGAAGAGACACUAACAAAGCUUUGAAAAUUCAGAAUAUUUUAUGUUUUAGAUAUGCUGUGAAAAACAAAUUCCUUUUUUUCCUUUAUUGUAUCUAUGAACUGAAGUACUGUUAAAACCUAAUUCCUGUUGCCCUUACUGUUGUGAGAAAUCCUAUCAAGCCAAAGAGAUUAUUUUAUAAGUUAAAAAAUUGAGUAUUCUUUAUGGCUAAUCAGGGAUGAAUUAUGGUUUGGGCUAUUAAAUA